CAUAAAAUUGAUGGAGUGCCCAGUGAUGGAAACUGGCUCACUUUUUACCUCAGGAAUUAAGAGACAUGUGAAAGACAAAAGAAUUUCAAAGACUGCUAAGUUGAAUGUUUCUCUUGCUUCAAAAAUAAAAACAAAAAUACUAAACAAUUCUUCUAUUUUCAAAAUUUCUUUAAAGCACAACAACAGGGCAUUAGCUCAGGCUCUUAGUAGAGAAAAAGAAAAUUCUCGAAGAAUUACAACUGAAAAGAUGCUAUUGCAAAAAGAAGUAGAGAAACUGAAUUUUGAGAACACAUUUCUUCGCCUAAAGCUAAAUAACUUGAAUAAGAAGCUUAUAGACAUAGAAGCUCUCAUGAACAAUAACUUGAUAACUGCAAUUGAAAUGAGCAGUCUUUCUGAGUUCCAUCAGAGUUCCUUUCUACUGUCAGCUAGCAAGAAGAAACGAGUUAGUAAACAAUGCAAGUUGAUGCGUCUUCCAUUUGCAAGGGUUCCAUUAACUUCAAAUGAUGAUGAAGAUGAUGAUAAAGAGAAAAUGCAGUGUGACAAUAAUAUUAAAUCAAAGACAUUACCUGAUAUUUCCUCAAGAUCAACAAUACAACCUUUAUCAACUCCAGAUAAUUUGGAAGUGUUAUUUCUUAAGGAAAAUAAUCAGAAUGUAUGUUCUUCAGAUGAUUCAGAACAUAUUUCUUCUAUAGUUGAUGUACAUCCCAGAGAAAGUUAUUCCCACUCAGACCAAAGUUCUAAGAGUUCUCUAAUGCAUGAGAUGGGAAAUGCCCAAUCAAUUGACCACAGAUGGGAGAAACCAUCUCCUAAUAAUGUAACUGAAAGGAAGAAGCGUGGGUCAUCUUGGGAAUCAAAUAAUCUUUCUGCAGACAUUCCAUGUACAACAGUUUUAGAUCAGCAGUGCAUUUCAAGUCCAGAAUUAAAUUGCCAUAAUGAGAUAAAUGGUCAUGCUAAUGAAACAAAUACUGAAAUGCAAAUAAAUAAACAGGAUCUUCCUGGCUUAUCUUCUGAGUCUGCCAGUGAACCUAAUGCAGAACGUAUGAAUCCAGUUGAGAAUGAUGAUGACCUUCAAUUGCAGAAAACUGUGUAUGAUGCUGACAUGGAUUUAACUGCUAGUGAAGUCAGCAAAAUUGUAACAGUAUCAACAGGCAUUAAAAAGAAAAGUAAUAAAAAAACAAAUGAAUGUGGAAUGAAAACUUUCAGAAAAGUAAAAAAUUCAAGCUCUGAGAAAAAGAGAGAAGGAUCAAAGAAACAGUCUAAAAAUCAUUCAGAUGUGGCUAUUGGGGAAAAGAUUGAAAACAGGCCAGAAAGAUCUGAUGUCCUGGAUGACAAAAGAGAUGUAGAAGAUCCAGGUUUUAUUUUUGAUCCUGAACAGCUGGCUCAGGUGAAUGAGCUGAAGAAAAUGACCCUUCAUACAGGCUUUGAACAAGAUGACAGAGAAAAUGUACAGUGUAAUAAAAAGAACAAAAGAAUAACAAAUGAGCAAGAAGAAACAUACUUUUUCCCCCAAAGUUCAGAUAAACUUCACCAGGAGAGUAAAUUUUGUAAGGGACAGAAUUCCCUAACUUGUAAUAAAAGUAAAGCUUCUAGACAGACAUUUGUGAUUCACAAAUUAGAAAAAGAUAACUUACUCACAAACCAAAAGGAUAAAGUAACCAUUUGUGAAAACCUAGAUGCCACAAAUGAAUUUCAAACAGCCAAUUGUUCCACCAAAGAUAAUGGAAAUUUGUUUGAUUAUGGGACCCAGAAUAUAUUGGAUUCAAAAAAAUAUGUCACUGAUAUACAACAUUCUGAGCAAAAUGAACCAAACAGUAAUAAGGGUAGAAAGAAAGUAAACCGGAAGACAGAAAUAAUUUCUGGAAUGAACCACAUGUAUGAGGAUAAUCAUAAAGAUGUGCAUGGCCUAAAAAAAGAUAAUUUUUUCUUCGAAACCCAAGAGGAUAAAGAACCUAUCACUGAAAACAUAGAAGUUUCCAAAGAGCUUCAAAUCCCAGCUCUUUUUACCGGAGACAAUGGAAAUCUGUUUGACUAUAGGACCCAGAAUGUGUUGAGUUUGCAAAAGCAGAUCACUGAUAUGUACGCUGUUCAGCAAAAUGAAUCAAAAGUUAAUAAGAAGCUUAGGCAGAAAGUAAAUCGGAAAACAGAAAUAAUUUCUGAAGUGAAUUAUUUAGAUAAUGACAAAAGUAUGGAUUACACAGUUAAAAGUCACUCACUCUUUUUAACUCAAAAAGAUAAGGAAAUUAUCCCUGGAAACCUAGAAGACCCAAGUGAGUUUGAAACACCUGUUCUUUCUACCAAAUGUAGUGGAAACCUCUAUGAUUAUGAGAUUCAGAAUGUUUUGGGGGUGAAACAACAUGUCCAUGAUAUACAACCUGCUUGUCAAAAUGAUUCAAAAAUAGGUAAGAAGCCUGGACUAAAUGUGUAUCAAAAGUCGGAAAUAAUUUCUGAAACCAUCCAGAUAUAUGAGAAUGAUGACAAAGGUGUACAUGACCUAGGAAAAGAUAACUUCUUUUCACUAACCCCAAAGGAUAAAGAAACUAUUUCUGAAAACCUACAAAUCACAAGUGAAUUUCAAACAGCUGAUCUUGUUAUCAAAGAUAAUGGAAAUUUAUGUGAUUAUGACACCCAGAAUAUAUUGGAUUUGAAAACUCAUGUCACUGAUAGAAAAUCUGCUGAGCAAAAUGAAUCAAAAAUAAAUAAGGAGCUUAGGAAUAAAGUGAAUCGGAAGACAGAAAUAGUUUAUGAAAUGAACCAGAUAUAUGAGAAUAAUGAUAAAGAUGUACUUGUCCAAGAAGGCUAUACCAAAGAUCUUGAUUUUAAAAUAAUUAAAUCUAAACAAAAACUUGAAUGCCAAGACAUUAUCAAUGAACACUAUAUGGAAAUCAACAGUAAGGAAAAGGAAAGUUGUAAUCAAAUUCCAGAUUCCUGCAAAGUAGUUAAAAAGCGUAAGAAAGAGUCAUCAUGCAAGACAAAGAACAUUUUGACAAAAGGUAAGAACAAACGUGCUUCACAGUUAACAGAAUCUUCACAGACAUCUGUCUCCUUAGAAUCUGAUUUAAAAUGUAUUACUAGUGAAGCAUAUUCUGAUCCAGGAAACCCAGUUGAACUAUGUAAGACUCAGAAGCAAAGCACUACCACUUUGAAUAAAAAAAGAGAUACCCUUUUUGUGGAAAAAAUGAAAGAAGGAGAGUGUCAGGUUAAAAAAGUAAAAAAAAUUACAUCUAAGUCAAAGAAAAGAAAGACCUCCAUAGAUCCUUCUCCAGUGAGCCAUGAAAUAAUGGAAAGAAUACUCAACACCAUUCAGGGAAAGUCUAUUGGAUCGGAACAAGCAGAUAAGGAAAACAAUUUGGAGAAUGAGAAAACAGUCAAAAAUAAGCCAGACUUUUACACAAAGGCAUUGAAAUCUUUGUCUGAGAUAUAUUCACCUGACAUACAAGAUUCUUCUUUUGACAGUGUUCAUGAAGGUUUAGUACCUUUGAGUAUUUCUUCUAGUAAAAAUGUGAUAGUAAAAGAAAAUUUUGCCAUGGAAUGCUCACCAGCCUUUCAAGUAAGUGAUGACGUGCAUGAGAAGAUGAACAAGAUGAAAUUUGAAGUCAACCGGAGAACCCAAAACUCAGGAGUAGGUGAUAGACCGUUACAGGACUUGACAAAUACCAGUUUUGUUUUAAGUAACACUGCUGAAUCUGAAAGUAAGUCAGCAGAUCUAUCUUCAGAAUGGACAAGCAGAAGAAGAAGGUGUGCUCCUUUCCAUUUGAAAGAGCCAAGCCUCAAAGACAAGAUGAGAAGAUGAAAUGAAUUUAUGGAUUCUGGCUUUUCUGAAUUUUCAAGGCAUAAGGAAUCAAAACAAAAUAACUACUAUCAAGAAGAUGAAAUGCUUGAUGAAAAGCUUUUUUUUUUUUUUUUUUGGUCUUUCAUGGAGUGUUGAUUUGUCCAUUCUUAUGUUUGUUAAUAUAUAUGCAUAAAAUAGCUAUUUUAUAGCAUUAAACUUUUCAAAUCAUUUUGGUCUUCAUGUAAUUUAUGUUCCUGUUUAUUUAAGCUUCUUUUUAUCUAAUAGC